AUGAGUGCUAAAAUUACUCUUUUGUUUUCCCUUUUAUUCCGCAAAGCCAAUGCCACUAACAUUACCAAGCUCUUGAACCAGUAUCCAGAUUUCAGCACUUUCAACGAUUACAUAACGAAAACUGGACUAGCCACUGAUAUCAACUCGUUCCAAACAAUCACGGUCCUAGUCGUAGACAACAGCGACAUUUCCCUGUUAUCUGGAAAAUCCAAUGCUGCCAUCAAGAAGAUCUUGAGUGUUCAUGCGAUUCUUGAUUAUUAUGACGUGAAUGGCCAGGCCAUUGGUCAACAAGGAUUUCUCUAUGUGACAGAUGUGAAUACUGGAAGUGUUGCCAUUGAUUCCGCAGAAAAAGGUGCAUCUUUAAGGGCUUAA